CAUUCGGACCUUACUUUUGACAACCGUACCCACCCUACGUCACAAAAUCACCACUAUCAUAAGCCAUAUAUACCACAACUACCUUACCAAUUUCAGAUUUCUCUACACAAAAUCUAACCAGCCGCCAUGUCCGACCAGUACAAUCAAUACUACUCCAAUCACUCCUCUCCAGCCCCAGGCGGCAACUACUACCACCAAGGCCCUCAAUACCAACAAACUGGCUACACUUCCGAGCAACAAGUCUCCCGAACCUCGUAUGGCCCACCCGAGAAAGGUGGCUAUCAACACGGCCAAGGAGGCGCUGCCGACUACUAUAAUGAUGCCAAACACAGUAAUACCUACGACGUUCGUACUCCAUCAGGCCAAUAUCCCCAGCAAGGGCCAUAUGGCCAGCAACCCAGUUACUCUGGUCACAACCCCAACCACGGACAAAGCACUGAGCGUGGCUGGAAGGGUGCGACUGCUGGUGCGACGGCCGGGUUCUUUGGAGGCAAGCAUUUGCCGGGCCAUCAUAAGUUCCUUGGUGCUAUCGCCGGAGGGUUCCUAGGUAGUAAGUUGGAGGAUAGCCAUAAAAAGAAGAAGAGGGUAGGCAAGGCGAACAAAUUUGGUGGAUGGUAGACAUGCCCCAUUGGUACUGAUAAUUCAUUCAUUCGCUGCGGAACGGCGUUUGGUUUGGGACCUAUAGAUCGUGAGCGGAACUUUGGAUUUGAUCGGCUAUUGUAUACAACAUAACACUAUCUCAUAAGACCUUCGGCGAUUCUUUGGCUUUCAGAGUAUGAACAUGCCACUAUCUCGACAAUCACAAAGAUUUCAUUAGUCUCCACUGUUGGCUGUGCCAUCGCUAUUACGGGAUUCAAAUUCUCGCUCGUAAGUCACGUACACCUGGUAAUGCGUAAGGUAUCCGAUGGCCAUUCCGAUGGCCAUUACUGCUUCGAUUUCUGCCAAGUCUGCACUGUGUGUC